AUGGCGGCGCAGGAGCCGCCGCGGCCGCCCCCGGGCAGCGCCGAGCCGCUGGAGCCGGAGCCCGGCGGGCGCUACGAGGCCGUGGUGCCGCACUGGUUCUACUGCAAGGUCACGGACACGCGGGAGCGCUGGGUGCCGUUCAGCGCGCAGGACUCGGAGCGCCUGGAGGCGGCGCACGGCGCAGGGAAGGAGCAGGCUGGCGUGGUGGUGCCCACCUCGGGGGGCAGGUACGACGUGCACCUGCGGGAGCGGCGGCGCGUGGCCGUGUACUGGGAGGAGGAGGCGGCCGAGGUGCGGCGCUGCACCUGGUUCUACAAAGGGGACAAGGACAACAAGUUCAUUCCCUACUCUGAGGCCUUCAGUGAGGAGCUGGAGGAAGCUUACAUGAUUGCCGUCACCCUGGGUGAGUGGAAGAAGAAGCUGGAGUCCCCCAACAGAGAAGUCAUCAUCCUGCACAACCCAAAGCUGAUGGUUCACUACCACCCCGUGGCCAGCUCUGAUGACUGGGUCUCCACCCCCACGGAGCAAGGCCGGCCCCGCACUGUGAAGAGAGGAGUGGAGAACAUUGCUGUGGAGAUCCCCAAUGGAGAGCCUCUGCAGAUCGAUCACCUGGUGUUCGUGGUGCACGGCAUCGGCCCCGCCUGCGACAUCCGAUUCCGCAGCAUCGUGCAGUGCGUGAAUGAUUUCAGGAACGUGUCCCUCAGCAUGCUGCAGUCCCACUUCAGGAAGGCCCAGGAGCAGCAGCAGGUGGGCAGGGUGGAGUUCCUGCCUGUGAACUGGCACAGCUCCCUGCACUCCACUGGCGUGGAUGUCGACCUGGAGCGGAUCACGCUGCCCAGCAUCAACCGCCUGCGUCACUUCAUCAACGACACCAUCCUGGACGUGUUCUUCUACAACAGCUCCACCUAUUGCCAGACCAUCGUGGACACGGUGGCCUCGGAGAUGAACCGCCUGCACCGGCUCUUCCUGCAGAGGAACCCGCGCUUCACGGGCGGCGUGUCCAUCGCGGGGCACAGCCUGGGGUCACUCAUUUUGUUUGAUCUCCUGACGAACCAGAAGGCUGAUCCCGAGGAGAAGGAGCGCUGUGUGCAGGUAGGGGUGGCCACUGCCCCCUCGUGCAGCUGCAUGGGGAUGGGGCAGAGGAGCAAAGAGGUGAGCACAAAGUGUGAUCCCUCCUGGAUCUGUUCACAGGGGUCCGGGACAACCUCAAGCACGGGGGGUGUUGAGGAGGUAAAAGAAAUCCUGAAGAAGCUGGAGCUGUCUGAGUACUGUGAUGUUUUUGAGAAGGAGAAAAUGGACAGGCAAGCACUGCUCUUGUGCACAGAGAACAACCUGAAAGAAAUGGGAAUUCCCUUAGGGCCCAGAAUGAAAAUACUCCAUUACAUCAGCUCCGAGACAGGGAUGAAGGGUCGGAGCUCUGAGCCAGGGUCCCCAUCCCAGCUUGGGGACAGCUCUGAGGAUGGCAGGAGCUGCCAGUACCGGGACGUUGGCUUGGGACAGGUGUCAGCAAACUACCCCCAGCUGAACUACAAGCCCAGCAUCUUCUUUGCCUUUGGCUCUCCCAUCGGGAUGUUCCUCACGGUGCGGGGAGUGAAGCGCAUCGACCCCAACUACAGCCUGCCCACCUGCAAGGGCUUCUUCAACAUCUUCCACCCCUUUGACCCCGUGGCGUAUCGGAUCGAGCCCAUGAUCGUGCCAGAGAUGGAGUUCGAGCCCAUGCUGCUGCCCCACCACAAGGGCAGGAAGAGGAUGCACCUGGAGCUGAAGGAAGGGCUGACCCGCAUGAGCGUGGACCUGAAGAACAACCUGCUGGGCUCCCUGAGGGUGGCCUGGCAGUCCUUCACCCGCUCCCCCGUGCUUGCCCUGGAGGCUGGCAGCUCUGAGGCUGAGGCAGAGGCAGAGGCUGGCACUGAGAAGCAGCCAGACACGAAGGCAGAGGAGCCCCCAGCAGCAGUGAAGGAGGAGAGCCCUCCCAUCAACGUGGGGAGGCUCAACGGGGGGAACCGCAUCGACUACGUGCUGCAGGAGAAGCCCAUAGAGAGCUUCAACGAGUAUCUGUUUGCACUCCAGGGGCAUCUCUGCUACUGGGAGUCAGAGGACACCGUGCUGCUGGUUCUGAAGGAGAUCUACCAGACACAAGGCAUCACACUGGACCAGCCUUUACCAGGGAGCCAGUGACCCUCCUGUGCUCUUCUGGCUGUUCAAUCCCACAGAGCACUCACCAGGAAAGUCCAGAUCUCAUCUCUGCCUUCCUCUCUCCUCUGCUGCCGUGUCCUGCAUGCUGCUUCCUGGAGAUCAGGAUGCAUUUUCCUCCAUUUUGGCUAGGGCUAGGGGGAAUAACCAUCAAGGAAAAACCACUUCAGCUCCAACACACACACACCACCUGUACAGUGACUCCCUGUGGCAACGUGUGCUUUCAGCCUGCACCCUGUGAGCCCCCACACCAGCAGACGAGCUGUCCGGGCUCAGAGCCCACACCUGGACACUCACAGCCUGGGACUUGAGGAGAAAAAGCCUUAAAAACACAGCGUGGGAAGAGCUGCAGCAGCCUUGGAGCAAGGGAGAUUG